CUCCUCCCCGCCAUCUCCUCACGAGAGCAAUUCGAUCUCCCCACCCAUCGUGCGGCUCGUGCCAUGGAGUUGCCGGCCUUUCCUCGUCCGGCCGGUCCCCGGAGCGGCCAAGCGUCCCACUCAACCCGCCGGCGCGUCCAGGCAUCCAACGCCCAGCUCCUCGUCUACCUCGCCCUCGCCGUCACACUGGCCGCCCUCCUGGUCCUCACCGGCGUUACGCUGACCGUCGCGUCAGUCGUGCUGGUCGUCCUCGCCCCACUCUUGCUCCUCAGCAGUCCUCUCUGGGCGCCGGUGGCCGUCGUGGCCAUCGUUGCAGGGGGUGCCUUGCUGUUCGGCUGUAGCCUCACGGUAUUCGCGCUGGGCGCGGGCACGUGGGCGCACCGGCACUUGACGGGGAGGCACCCGGUGGGCUACGCCUACGGCUACGCGCGUGGGCGUGGCCGGUUCGGCGGCGCGGGUGGCCACGUGACGGGCUACCACCGGCAGGGACAUGGAUACGACCGGAUGAAGGACGCCGUGUCCGGGGCCUAGCAACGGGCGAACAAGCCUCUCCCUCCUUCCUGCGCAUUCCGUUUGGAUUGGAUACGUUUUGCACACUGUGUUUUAGUUGGAACUGCUUCGAUUUGGCCAGGUGUAUACUGUGCUGAAACACGUUUCUGUGAGAAGUCACCGUGUGUUCAAUUC